AUGAACGCAGCUAGGAGAGAGGUCUUUGGGGCUAUUGAGAAGGUUAAGGGUUUGACUGAGGAUGAGCAGAAGAUAGGUGCUGCCCUCAUUGCGGGGAGUGCCAGCAAGUUGGAUGUGUUCUUCAAUCCACCAGAUGAGAGAAGGGCAAGGUGGAGGGGAGCACGCCUCUCGAAGCUAGAGCCUCCUCCGCCUCCUCCUCCGCCGUCUCCUCCGCCGCCUCAACCGCCUCUCGAAGCUAGAGCCUCCUCCGCCGCCUCAACCGCGAAGCCAGAGCCUCCUCUGUCGCCUCAACCGGGAAACCCUAGUCUUUCUUCGAUAUUCGCGAUGGCGCACGCGUUAGCAGCUCAGACUUCGAUCAGUGUUCCGAUUGGAGGCGACUCGUCUCCUGGGAGGUCACGAGUGAAGGGUGCAUGAGGUGUUACAAUCAAGAAAACUAAUCUUGCUUUGAUCUUCGGCAUUUAUGAUGAGCCAAUGACUCUUGGGCAGUGCAAUAUGAUUGUUGAGAGGCUUGGUGAUUAUCUCAAUGAAUAGGGAUUUUAGGUUUGUUGUGUUUCCUUUUUCUAUUUGGGUUUGGUGUGGUCCCUCGCAUUGCAAUGCUUGAAAUGAAUAAUUGUCAGUUCAACAAUUAUGUGGACUCUCGUGAGGGGUUUGAUGUUUGGUUAAUGUGUUUGUUAUGAUCCCUAUCCCAUCAAAAUUCUGUCUGUAUUUUUCCUUUGAUUGGGGUUAUUGUGGCAUUUUAAGGCGAGUUGUGAUACUUAUUCAUAAGACAGGUUUGCAUGUUCGAAAAAGUUGUGCUCUAUUUGAAUUCUA